GUGACGAAGGAGUGCGGCGAGGCCGUGAUCAACCAGGGCGACAUCGGCGACGAGUUCUUCAUCAUCAGCUCGGGCCGGGCGCUCGUGCUCUUCCACGUCAGCGACGACCAGCCCGACAAGGUCCUGGCGAAGAUCGGCGCGAACGCGUUCUUCGGCGAGCUCGCGCUGCUCACGGACGAGCCGCGGUCCGCGUCCAUCGUCGCGGACCCGGACGCCGACGGGCCGCUCGAGCUGCUGAAGAUGGUCCGCGGGGACUUCCAGCGCCUCUUCGCCGGCAGCGACACGCUGCGAUCGGCGAACUCGAACCUCAAGGAGCGGCGGGCCUGGGAGGUGCUCAGCGGCCUCGGGCUCUUCGCGUCGCUGCCGGAGAUGGUCGUCCGCGACGUCGUGUCGGCGAUGAAGAUCGUCAAGUACCAGCCGGGGACCUACAUCGUCCAGCAGGGCCGCGAGGGCAAGGCGUUCUACGUGAUCCUCGAGGGCAUCGUCAAGGUCACGAAGAACGACCCGGACCACCCCUGCGGCGAGCGGCCCGUGGGCGAGCUCGGCGACCACGACUACUUCGGCGAGGUCGCGAUGCUGAGCCAGGACCACAUGCGCACGGCGAACGUCGUGACCAUCACCCAGACCGUGUGCUUCUCCUUGGACCGGGACGUCUUCCAG